UACUUUUGCACUCCCACCCCUCCAUGCCCUCGAAAUUGGCGCCACCUCCCUCCCGUGCUCGCCCCUCGCCUGGGCUCUCGACCCAUCCCUGCUCGAACCCUAACCUCAGAUGGCGCUUCCCGCGUGAGAGGACGCUGCCGCGGCAGCAGCGUUGAGGGGGGCUUCGUCGUAGUCAGCGCGACAGAUGUAUAAGCAGGGGGCGGCCGGAGGUGCGGGGCCGGACCGGAAGCGCAUCAGCGACGCGCUCGAUAAGCACCUGGAGAAGGCGGCCGCGUCGCCCUCCACGUCGAGAGGCUCGGCGGGUGCCCGAGGCAACCACAACCGCGUCGUAGUGCCGUCCUCCAUCCCCAAGGGCCGCUGCUCCGAAGGGGAGUCUGAAUCUGACAGUGAAGCAUCAGAUGUUAGUGGCUCUGAUGGAGAAGACACCUCAUGGAUUUCAUGGUAUUGCAACCUAAGAGGGAAUGAGUUCUUCUGUGAAGUCGAUGAUGAUUACAUUCAAGAUGACUUCAAUCUUUGUGGGCUUAGCAGUCAAGUUCCAUAUUAUGAUUAUGCUCUUGAUCUCAUUUUAGAUAUCGAGUCUUCUCAUGGUGAUAUUUUCACAGAAGAACAAAAUGAGCUAGUGGAAUCAGCUGCUGAGAUGUUGUAUGGGCUAAUUCAUGCGCGAUACAUUCUGACCAGUAAAGGGUUGGCUGCUAUGCUGGAGAAAUACAAGAACUAUGACUUUGGACGAUGUCCGCGGGUUUAUUGCUGUGGCCAACCAUGUCUACCAGUUGGACAAUCGGAUAUUCACCGAUCUAGUACAGUGAAGAUAUACUGUCCUAAGUGCGAAGACAUCUACUAUCCACGGUCUAAAUACCAAGGCAAUAUUGAUGGAGCCUACUUUGGGACAACAUUUCCUCACCUGUUUCUGAUGACGUACGAUCACCUCAAGCCCCAGAAGCCCUCGCAGCGCUAUGUUCCUCGCGUAUUUGGCUUCAAGCUCCACAACCACAAGCCAUGAUGCGGAGGUGAAGGAAAAGAUAAGAGGCCCCGGAAGACUACUGUAAGAGUGCAAUCGCCAGAUCAUGCUGCCCACCCAUAUUGUGUGCCCUGUCUGGUCUAUUUAACAUUGAAAUAUUGGUAUAAAAGAAGACAUGAGACGAUGUUGUAACCUAAUUCCAGCUCUACUGGCUAGUAAAUCUGGACCUCUGUUUCCAAAACCAGCAGCUAUCGAGAAAUCAAAGUUAUGGUCGACAAUAUCAUGCCAGUUAUCGUUUA